AUGAAUAUCUCUCACAUUAACGUGUCUCCAUUCAACCCACUUACCUCAAUUUUGAACCAAAAUAAGUUAGAACGCCCAAAUUAUGUUGACUGGAAAAGGAACUUUGAUAUUGUCCUAACUGCUGAAGACAAAUUUGUAAUCACUAAGGAGUUCCCAGAAAAACAUGAUAAAAAUGCUACUGAUGAUCAGGUUAAGGCCUAUGACAAAUGUGUCAAGGCUGAUGAGAUGGCACGAUGUUACAGUCUUGCCUCUAUGGCGAAUAUUUUGCAACAUCAGCAACAGACUAUGGGGUCUACUUAUGACAUGCUCGAAAGUCAUAAAUAA